AUGUCUUGGAUGGCUAGGAAACUGUUGAAACUUAGGGAAACAAUCUACCCGUGGAUUCAGCUUCGAGUAGGGAAUGGGGCAAGAACUCGUUUCUGGUCCGACAACUGGUCUCCUUUUGGGAACUUGACUGACUACCUCUCAGCAACUAAGCACUCGCAUCUUGGCAUCCCCUGGAAAGCAUCGCUUGCAUCACGCCAUAUCAACGGCUCAUGGGCACUGCCCCCUGCGAGAUCAGAAAAUCAAGUAAAUGUGGCAACCUACUUAACUACAAUUGAACUGCUUGAUCAAGAUGAUUACUAUGAGUGGAGUGUUAGUAACAAUGCUACUCUCCGUUACUCAACUUCGGAAGUGUACAAAGAGAUUAGGGGUUCUUACUCUACUGUCCCUUGGUAUACUGCAGUUUGGAUUAAAAGAGGCAUCCCACGACACUCUUUUCUUGCUUGGCUUUUUGUCUUGAACAGAUGUCCCACCCGUGAUAGGCUACAGAGCUGGGGAUUGCAAACACCUACUAAUUGCCUUCUCUGUAACUCAGCGAAUGAAUCCAGAGACCACUUGCUAUUCGAUUGUCCUUUCAGUUUUGGAGUCUGGACGGCAAUCGCUUCUAGAUGCUCGAUGACUGCUGUCUAUGACUGGCAUACAACACUACUUCGCAUGCAGACUCUCCCAAAGAGGAGCAAAGCUACCCAACUAUGCCUUUGGUCCUGGCAGGCAACGAUCUAUUUGAUUUGGACUGAGAGGAACGCACGACUGCAUAGACAAACUUUCAGAUCGAAAGACUCCCUGAUCAGACAGCUUGAUCUCCUAAUUCGAAACAAGAUCUCUUCUAUCAGACCUUCCAACCCUCGCCUCUCCUCAUCUCUGAUGCAGUUGUGGCUGUCGACUUCGUAA